GGGCCGGCGCGGGGCGGACGGGCUCGGUGCCCCGGGCUAUGUGUUGGUACUCGGAAAGAAAAAUAGCGUCGGCCCCGGAGCUGGUGGGGAAAGGCGGAUAUAAGCUUAUUCUUCUGUUCUGACCCUCGUCUUGUUGUGGAAAUACUUCAUGCGGUUGGGACAUCUUGACAUUUCAGGCAUCUGCUGUGGAAGCUGCUGCAGAAAAGAAACCCAAAACACAGCUGUCCUCAGAGUUGAGAGAUCUGUUUCCUCAUGUGAGCCUGACUGCCAUGCCUGGCCAUUGACACUUUUGGGUCCAGUUGUUUAAAAUGGCAGAGAGAGAUAGAAAUGAAGAAGUAAUUAACCUGAACAGCUUCCGCAGUCACAGAGGGAAAGACUGGAUAAACCGCAGAGACGAAGGUUUUAUCACCAUAUCGGAUUCCUCAGACGAAGAAUUGCCUCUGGUGGAAGCGCCAGCGGAGCAGCAGCGGGAGGAAGAUGACGAUGAUGUAGUCAUCUUGGCUGAGACUCGAAAGCAUCAGCAACUUCUGCGUCCCAAUGUCAUCAGACCUGCUGCUCAGUGGCAGGGUGCAAACACUGUGGGAGAGGGAGGAUCUAAAAGUACUGUCAAGCCCUUGAAAAGCACACAUGUGCAAGAUGAGACCUCAGGUGUGCUGUGCCAGGGAGACCAGUAUAACCACAUGGUGGAGAGCAGUGCUGGACCAAGCAGGGAUGAGAAUAUGAACUUUGCCUUGCAGCAGCCUGGACCAUCUGAGCUUAAGGGCCCCAGGUUUGAACUUACAAGUAACCAGGAGCCUGGCCCAAGUUUGCUUCCAGCAAUAACGCCAAGUCUACAGCCUGUUGUUAACAGAGAAGCUGUUAGCCUCGAAAAUGCAGACUUUCCAGCACAACAGGAAGAAAAGGUGGAAGCCCAGCGAUGGGAAGGAGGGGAAUCAGAGCCAGAGCAAAACCUCAGAGGAGCAGCUGCCUCAACUGCCCCAGCCCAGGAGCACCAUGAGAACAGCCAGCUGGAUCCCCCCUGCCUCCAGCCACUAGAAGGUGAGCCACGUGCUGUAGUCAGUGGCUGUGCUCCUCAGCAAGGGCAGCCUGAAGCAGACCCAGGAUCUCUGAGGGCAUAUGGAGAGGAAGGUCCUGGGCCAGCCUUCCCGCGCCCUGCACCGCAGCAGGAUGGGAUCCCAGGCCCUGCUUCGCCCCAGCCAGCACAUCCACCAGAGGAAACGGAUCAGCAGGCAGCGAGAGACAAUGAACAGCCUGGGCCAGCAUUCCCUGCACAGGCCUCUCACCAGCUUGGCUGUAGUAACGUGCCAGAACAAGGAGCUGCUGGACAGGGUCAAGACCUCACUGCCCUGCUCAUCAGAGAGACAGAAGCAAGAUUCCCAGAUGUGAAGGAGGAAUAUAUUGAAGAGCUAAUCAGCAUCAAAAACUGCUAUGACUUAAAUGUACUUUGUAACUUUCUUCUGGAAAAUCCAGAUUACCCAAAGAAGGAAGGCAGAGUGGUUUUAAAUCCCAGUAGCAGCCUGCUUGCCAGCCAAGAUGAGACAAAGGUGCCUAAAGUGGACUACUUUGACUUUUCCAAACUUGCCCCUCUUGAUCAGCGGUGCUUUAUUCAGGCAGCUGACCUCCUUAUGGCAGACUUCAAAAUGCUGAGCAGCCAAGACAUUAAGUGGGCACUGCAUGAACUCAAGGGACACUAUGCAAUCACACGAAAGGCCUUUUCAGAUGCUAUCAAAAAAUGGCAGGAGCUGUCUCCUGAAACCAGUGGAAAACGAAAAAGGAGGAAAGAAAUGAAUCAGUAUUCAUAUAUAGACUUCAAAUUCGAGCAAGGGGAUGUGAAAAUUGAGAAGCGCAUGUUCUUCCUGGAGAAUAAGAGACGGCACUGGAGGUCCUAUGACAAGGUCUCUCUUCUCCCACCAGUGCUACUGGAGCAGGAAUUCUAUGAGCAGAAAGUUAAAGAGAUGGCAGAGCAUGCAGACUUUCUCCUUGCUCUGCAGAUGAAUGAGGAGCAGUACCAGAAGGAUGGUCAGAUGAUAGAGUGCCGCUGCUGUUAUGGGGAGUUUGCCUUUGAAGAGCUAACUCAGUGUGCUGAUGGUCACUUGUUCUGCAAGGAGUGCCUAAUUAAAUAUGCUCAGGAGGCAGUCUUUGGCUCUGGGAAGUCAGAGCUCAGCUGCAUGGAAGGCAGUUGCACGUGUUCAUUCCCCACCAGCGAGCUGGAGAAAGUGCUGCCAGAGAACAUCCUCUGUAAAUACUAUGAGCGGAAAGCAGAGGAGGAGGUGGCUGCUGCCUGUGCAGAUGAGCUUGUCAGGUGUCCGUUCUGUAACUUCCCAGCUCUACUGGACAAUGAUGUGAAGCGGUUCAGCUGCCCUAAUCCUCGCUGCAGAAAGGAAACCUGUCGGAAGUGCCAGGGGCUGUGGAAGGAGCACAUGAACCUCACCUGUGAGCAGCUGGCUGAGAAGGAUGACAUCAAAUACAGGACAUCCAUAGAAGAGAAAAUGACAGCUGCCCGAAUUAGAAAAUGUCACAAGUGUGGGACAGGCCUCAUUAAGUCGGAGGGCUGCAACCGCAUGUCCUGCCGCUGUGGCGCUCAGAUGUGCUACCUCUGUCGGGCUGCCAUCAACGGCUACGACCACUUCUGCCAGCACCCCCGCUCGCCCGGGGCUCCCUGCCAGGACUGUGCCAAGUGCUCUCUCUGGACAGACCCCACAGAAGAUGAUGAGAAGAUAAUCCAGGAGAUUCAGAAAGAGGCUGAAGAGGAGCAAAGGAAGAAAAAUGGGGAGAACAGCUUCAAGAGGAUCGGCCCUCCUGCAGAAAAGCCCGUAGAGAAAAUCCAGAGGAUUGAAGUCAUCCCCAGGCCUGUUCCUCAGAACCUGCACCAGCCCCGGAUGCCCCCGUACCCCUUCGUGCACCCUCCCUUCCCGCUCCCUCCCGUCCGUCCCAUGUACAACAACCUCCCCCUCAACAUUGGCCCCAUCCCUGCCCCCUAUGUCCCCCCGUUACCCAACAUGAGGGUGAACUAUGAUUUUCCCCAGAUCAAUGUUCAGCUGGAGCACAACUUGCCUAUGCACUUUGGCCCUCAGCCUCGACACCGGUUCUGACCUGAUUCAAACAGCACUUGGCAUAAGAGCUGCUGCAGAGCAAAAGCCACCCCUGAAACGUCACCCCACUCUUCCUGCUCCAGCCCCCUCAGUUCAGCCAGCUGCAAGGGGACCUGCUCUGGCUCACAUCCCUGCACUGCAGCCCUCUCUAGAGCUUCUCUCACCCUUUGCCAUCAGACGUUUCACCCCGUGCUGCCACAGGGCUGAGGGAUCUCUCCCUGUGUUGGGCAUCCAGCGAUUUGGAUUUGACAAAGCCUGUUCAGGCAGCUGUUGGAAGGGAAAAUGAGACACUGGAGUGUGGGGAUUGAGCCAUUCCUCGGGGACUUCCAAAAAAUCCUGCCUUCCUGCUGGCCACAGCAGCUGCUACUGUCAAGUGAGUCUUGGGGGAGGGUAGGAGAGACUUGGCCUUCAGGAACAAGAUAGCAGGAGUCAGCUGUAUUAGCCUUUGGCCUGUGGAAAGGCAUGAGGCUGGGGCUCCUGUGUUCCCCAGCACACUGCUAGCACCUCCUAGCAGAAAUAAACUGUUCCAAACCAAGCCAAUCCCAGUGUUUUUGGCAUUUCUCGCUCUGCAAGUGGAGUGAGGGGAUGCAGCAGCCAUCUCAUUGCUGAGAUCUCAGUAGAAAGCCCAGAGCCAUGUUCUGUAUUGGGGCUUUAGCAAGUAGCAGAAGACCUAAUCUUUGGGUGCCCAAAUCUUUGUCUUGAACUCAACUCGCUUCCUUUGAAGGGCUCUGGGUGCCUCUCAGCUUCCAAAACGUGGCCUUUGCUUUGCUGAUCUUAUCUGGCAUCCCAAAUCCUCCCCCAGUCUGGCAGCACUCUUCAAGCAGCUGUUAGAAGCCCCCAGAACCUAAGCUGCUCUCUUCACUCCAAAAACUGCUUGGGAAAAGACCCAGUUUGACAUGGGAGCAGUGGUGUGAGUGUGUGGUGGCAGAAAGAUUAGGAACCGAGCCAGCAGCCCCCCUUGCAGCCCCAGGGGCAGCUGCAGCCUUGCGCUGCAGGAAGGUGACUGGGGACGUGUGUUUCGACUUCACUGGCUUUGGAAAAGUGUGUUAAAAGGCAAACCUGAGUGGUGUUGGGCUUAGGAAAAACAAAACUUCUUGGGAAGCAGCGGAGGCUGCAGUUGCUGGGCUGCAGGAGGAGUGCUGGCACAAAGCCCUUGGCCCUGCUGCCUGGGCCAGGCCCCCUGCAGAACAGAAAAUGGCUGAGUGGAGGAAAACCGUCCUCCUCUCAGAAGCACUGGGCUGCUGGAAUGGUUUGGUCUGGGCCACAUCCUGCUCUGUCCCAUUGGGAACCUGUUACAUGUGCUUCCCCUCCUGUUCUUUCCCCCCAAAACUGGAGCAUCCAGGUGUCUCUUGGGUUUGUUUUUCAGGUAAAACUCCCUGUCUCCUCCCUACAGCUUCUGCCAAGCCCCAGCGUGGCACAGGGCAGCAGCUGAGCCUGCUGUCCUCAGGAAGGGCUCCCAGAGGGAUCUCCCAUGCUUUUCAGAGCUCAAUCAGCUAUUCCUCCUCUCUAGAGUAUCGCCUAUGGGUCAGUCAUACCCUGUGCAGUGCACUGCUCCAGCUCCUCAGUGCCCUGCUCUCUGUAGCCUCCAUAACCAAGUGCCGUUCCUUUGCUGCUGUCCUUUGCUUUUGUGAUUUGAAUUUCAUUCUGGAAGUCAUCUGGGGGCUGCAGGAGCUCAGUGCUUGCUGCUCAGCUGGGCUUUAGCCAGGUUCAGAUCUUGCCUUGCACCAAGUGCUUCCCGUGGUGGCUGGGAGCAGGGCAUCCCCAUGGAUUCGGGCAGGGCUGCGCUGGUGAGAGGGUGGAACUGGGUCAGGAGCAUGAGUGGCUGCCCCUUACAGAAAGGCAGCUGUGGGACUUUAAUAGCCAAGAUGUGGGCUCCAGGGGCAGCUUGGCUGAGCCCUCCUAGCUUUGAUGCAUGUGCCUUCUCUGGCAGGGGCCCGUGGUCGGCCCCAGCAGCUGGGAGCACUCGGCAGAAACGGUGUCCCAACCUCAGCUUUUGGUGCGUGGCUGGAGAUGUGGGAUGUCUGAAACUGAGCCAUGGCAGAGGGAGAGGUGGAGGUGGAGUGAGAGGGAUGGAGAAGUGUUGAGCAGCAGUGGCAAAGGGAGGUUGGUGUUUGUGGUCUCAUCCUGCUUAAAACGUGGGUGUCUUCUGCUGCCCUGGUGCAGCGGUCACUGCCCUGGGGAGCCUGAUAGAGGCAGGAGAGAGGAUUGCUGUCCCCUGCCAAACCCUGAGCUUGUUUCAGUCAGACAGGAGUGGGUGCUUGGUGUGUGAUGGGGAGGCGCAGGCUCACCCCUCUACCCGGCCCCGGGGCACCGCUGGGCUCCUGGUGCUGCUGCUCUCUGAGGAAACACCCUUCCGCCAAAAAUCACAGCCCAAGCAUGGGGCUACUCCUCCCCUCCCACCCCAGAGACCUCGAGUUGUGGUCUCUGACUCCCUUUGCCCCGUCCUCCUUGAAACCCUUUGUCCUUUCCAUGGCACCGGGGAGGUGGCUGAGCCCAGGCCGGGCCCCCAACAGGUACUUCUGUGGUUCAUUGCAGUGUCCCGUUUUACUUGCCUUAAAGGUGGAGAGAGAAACUUAGUAUUUGCACUUAGCAAAACGUUAUGUUAAAAGAAAGAAACCCUGUAAAGAUGUGCAUGUUCUGCAACUUUGUAUAACAAUAGCUGAAAGAAAUAGGUGGUUUAUUAAGGGAAAAAAAGGAAAAAAAAAGAGAAGAAAACAAACCAUAUUUUUCUUUACCUUCUGGUAGUAAACUGUUCUAAUACUCUGUGUGUAAAAAGUUCCUGUAUCAUAUUGUAAUUUGAAUUUUUGUAAAUAAAUUUGUG